AGGUGUGGCUUUCCAGCACAAUCAGUAGUGACCUAGCUACCAGUCAACCACCAAGAUGGCGAUCUCCUCAAAAUGGCGCUCUUCCUAUCUUCUCACAAAUCGAAAACACCAGCCAAAGCAACAGCAAUUGGCCAAGCAGGAAACAGCAAGCAGAGCGGAGAUCGACCAUGUCAUCGAGAAAGAGUCUGGCAAAGAAAGGGGAACCUGUGAAGCACAUCUUCAAGCAAGAUGGAAGCGACUUCAAGUUCCUUCUUCGCUUGUUCCAGACUGGGGCCAUUACUGAUGAAUUACCUGCUGCUGUGAGAGCCAUGCAUGAGCGCUUUCAGAAGUACAACACAAACCAGUUUCGCUCUCAGUUCAACAAAGCAAGAGGAAUGGCUGCUGGUGUUGCUCUCAGAGGACCACAACCACCACAAGAUGAUGAUGGACCACUACCCAUUCUUCCCAGCUUUGUUCCUCGCAACCCUGCCGUGGCAGCCAGGCCUCCUGCAGUUGCGCAGCUUCCCUCCAUGGCUGACAAUGAUGAUGAGGAAGCUGAUGCUGAUGGGGAGGAUGGCACCCACUUGGAACCAAAGAGGAUGGUCCAAGGAAUGGGAGAACGAGCAUGGCAUUCGCCAUGUCACUAUCAUUGUCUGGCUGAGCAGUGGCGUGACCGAAGCAGACAUCGAAACCAUGGUCUCUGCGAAUGGCAAGAAGCUAACAAUCAGUGA